GAAACCAUGCGAAUUGCCUCCUCGGAGUUCGCCGACGACCCCUGCUCCUCAGUGAAGAGGGGCACCAUGGUGAGGGCGGCCCGGGCCCUGCUCUCUGCCGUCACCCGCCUGCUCAUCCUGGCUGACAUGGCUGAUGUCAUGAGGCUCCUCUCGCAUCUGAAAAUCGUAGAGGAAGCGCUAGAAGCGGUGAAAAAUGCAACAAAUGAGCAAGACUUAGCGAAUCGCUUCAAAGAGUUUGGGAAGGAGAUGGUAAAACUGAACUAUGUGGCUGCCAGACGACAACAGGAGCUGAAGGACCCUCACUGCCGGGAUGAGAUGGCUGCGGCCCGAGGGGCUCUGAAGAAGAACGCCACCAUGCUGUACACGGCGUCCCAGGCCUUCCUCCGCCACCCCGACGUGGCAGCCACGAGGGCCAACAGGGACUACGUCUUCAAGCAAGUGCAGGAAGCCAUCGCUGGGAUCUCCAACGCUGCCCAGGCCACCUCCCCCACCGAUGAGAACAAGGGCCACACUGGCAUAGGAGAGCUUGCUGCUGCCUUGAAUGAAUUCGAUAACAAGAUCAUUCUGGACCCGAUGACCUUCAGCGAGGCCCGUUUCCGGCCGUCCCUGGAGGAGAGGCUGGAGAGCAUCAUCAGCGGGGCGGCGCUCAUGGCCGACUCCUCGUGCACGCGGGACGACCGCAGGGAGCGGAUCGUGGCCGAGUGCAACGCCGUGCGCCAGGCGCUGCAGGACCUGCUCAGCGAGUACAUGAACAACGUAAGUCACGCUCGCAGCGCGGGGGCACCGCGGCGGCACCGCGGCCUCCGGCCCUCCUGGGCCAAAGCACGGCCCCAGUGCGCCUUCACAGCACAAGGAAAGGGACGUCUGUAA